ACAAUGAUCAACUUCGAGUUCCAAAACUCUUUCAUUUUGUUCCUCUUAUCCUUCUUCUCCCUCCUCUGUUUCCUUGGCUUCUUUUUCUUCAAGAAACAAAAGGUUGAUUUGGAAUCGCCUCCGAGCCCUCCUUCUCUGCCAAUCAUCGGCCAUCUUCACCUUUUUCUAUCUCCUCUAAUCCACAAGUGCUUUCAGAGAAUCUCAUCCAAGUAUGGACCUUACCUCCAUCUCCGCAUCUUCCACCUGCCCAUUGUUCUCGUCUCAUCUGCCUCAAUGGCCAGCGAGAUCUUUAAGUCCCAUGACGUGAAUAUAUCGUCCCUUGGCCUCCCUCCAAUCGACGAGUCCCUCUUUUUCGGGGAAACUGGAUUCUUCUCCGCUCCCCAUGGAGAUUACUGGAAGUUCAUGAAGAAACUUCUCAUCACAAAGCUACUUGGACCACACGCAAUCGAGCGGUUACGAGCCGUGCGUGCAGAGGAGCUAGAGCGGUUUUAAUUUCGUCUGCUCGAGAAAGCGAGGAAGAAGGAGUGCGUUGAGAUCCGUAGAGAAGCGAUGAUAUUCACUAACAACAGCACCUGCAAGAUGAUAGUUGGGAGGACGUGCUCGGAGGAGGAUGGUGAAGGUGAGAGAGUCUGGGGACUGAUUACAGAAUCUAUUUCCUUGACAAAGAAGGUUUUGUUUACAACCUUGCUGCGCAAGCCACUUGAAAAGCUUGGAAUCUCACUGUUUAAAGAGGAGAUAAUGGGUAUUUCCGGAAGAUAUGACAAGGUGCUGGAGACGUUUCUUGCGGAACACGAAAACGUAGCAGAGAAGCAAGGUAUGAAUUUGAUGGACGUGUUGUUGGAAGCAAAAGGAGACGAAAAAUCAGAGUAUAAGAUCACCAGGGACCAGAUCAAGGCUUUGUUCGUGGAGCUUUUCCUAGGAGGCACGGACACAUCCAAGCAAACAAUACAGUGGACAAUGGCAGAAAUCAUUAACAAUCCUAGCACUAUGGAGAGAACGAGAGAAGAAAUCGAUUCCGUCGUAGGGAAAUCAAGGUUGAUUCAUGAAACAGACCUACCAAACCUGCCUUAUUUGCAAGCGGUGGUCAAAGAAGGGCUAAGAUUGUAUCCGCCAAUCCCUGUCUUCGGAAGGAGGCUACAAGAAGGAUGUGUGAUGGGAGGGUUCUAUGUUCCUGAGAAGACAACACUUGUAGUUAAUGGUUAUGCUGUGAUGAGAGAUUCGGAUUACUGGGAAAAUCCUGAUGACUUCAAGCCUGAGAGAUUUCUAGCUUCUUCAGGAUCAGAACAAGAAGAUGCCACAAAGGAGAAAGUACUCAAGUACCUUCCUUUUGGUAGCGGAAGGAGAGGAUGUCCUGGAACAAAUCUAGCUUAUAUCUUUCUAGGAACAGCGAUUGGAAUGAUGAUUCAGUGUUUCGAUUGGAAAAUAGAAGGAGACAAGGUUAACAUGGACGAGACGCUUUCGGGAAUGGUCUUGACAAUGGCUUAUCCCCUUAAGUGUACUCCUAUUCCUCGAGGGUUACCUAUAAGUAAAGGUCUUUAGCUUGUUAAAGUAACAAAUUGUGUACCAUUAAAAAGUUGAGUAAAGUAAGUCGAAUGGUCCAAGAUUAAUAA